AUGAAAAGCAGUCCUACUCGCAAAUAUGAGAGUUUCACCAACGAACAUCAGGGAAAAGACUCCGACAAAUAUUCCCUAGACAGCCAGGACACGGCAAGUUUGCAUUCGGAAGACGGAGGCGGUGGAAGGCGCGGGGUGACAAAUGUCAGCGCCGGAGCGGGCGACAUGUGGAUCAGCGCAGUCGAGAGUUCAAUCCUCACCUGGGAGGAGGUCGCCGAUCGGCUGCACGUCGACGUGCGCCGUGGUCUGACAUGGCGCGACGCAAAUGACCGCAUGAACUUCGUGGGCCCCAACGAGUUCCAGGUGAAGGAGGAGGACCCCCUGUGGAAGAAGUACUUCGAGCAGUUCCAGAACCCCCUCAUCCUUCUUUUGCUGGGUUCCGCCGUGGUGAGCGUGUGCAUGCGACAGUUCGACGACGCGAUCAGCAUCACAGUCGCCAUCAUGAUAGUGGUGACCGUCGCCUUCGUUCAGGAGUACCGCUCGGAGAAGUCGCUCGAGGAGCUGAACAAACUGGUGCCGCCCUCGUGCAACUGCUUGAGGGAGGGCAGUCUGGAGCACUUCCUCGCCCGCAACCUGGUGCCAGGUGACAUAGUCCACCUGAACGUGGGCGAUCGUGUGCCUGCCGACCUGCGCCUCUUCGACUCCACGGACCUGGCGAUAGACGAGUCCUCCUUCACCGGCGAGACAGAGCCGGCCACCAAGAGCGUGCUGCCCAACAAGGCGGCCGCCGGCAGGGUGAAUAAGGACAACGUCGCCUUCAUGGGCACCCUGGUUCGCUGCGGGAACGCCAAGGGCAUUGUGGUCAGCACCGGCGAGCGAUCGGAGUUCGGCGACAUAUUCCGCAUGAUGCAAGCCGAGGAGGCGCCGAAGACGCCCCUGCAGAAGUCGAUGGACACUUUGGGGGCGCAGCUGUCGCUAUACUCCUUCUGCAUAAUCGGCUUCAUCAUGGUGGCCGGCUGGCUGCAGGGCAAAGCGAUCCAGGAUAUGUUCACAAUCGGCGUCAGUCUGGCGGUGGCUGCUAUUCCCGAAGGUCUCCCGAUCGUUGUGACGGUGACCUUGGCGCUGGGAGUCAUGAGAAUGGCUAAGCGCAACGCCAUAGUGAAGAAGCUUCCCACCGUCGAGACCUUGGGUUGUGUCAACGUCAUCUGCAGCGAUAAGACUGGCACCCUUACUAAGAACGAGAUGACGGUGACCACGCUGUCCACUUCGGGCGGACACAUCGCGGAGGUGUCGGGCGCUGGGUACAACGCGCGCGGCGAGGUGCAGCUGCGCGCGUACAAGGGCCGCGAUCUGCACGUGGCGCGGAUGGGGGUGCACAGCAUGCUCGAGGUGGGCGUGCUGUGCAACAACGCCGAGAUCCGCGACGAAACGCUUUACGGGCAGCCGACGGAGGGGGCGCUGCUCGCCUGCGCCAUGAAGAACGGCUCGCACAGCGCCCGCGAGCAGUACACGCGCCUGCACGAGAUACCCUUCAGCUCCGAGACGAAAAUGAUGGUUGUGAAAUGCGCUCCAAAGUAUCCGGACGGUCAACUCAAAGAGGAGGUAUUCGUCAAAGGCGCCAUCGAGAAGGUUCUGCCGAUAUGCACCCACUACAUCGACAGCUCGGGUAACUACGCACCAAUGACCAGGGACAAGCAGAACGACUUUCUCGCCGAGGCGUAUAACAUCGGCAGAAUGGGGCUGCGCAUGAUCGCGCUGUGCCGCGGGCCGAGCCUGGAGGCGCUGGCGUACACGGGCGUGUGCGGCGUGUGCGACCCGCCGCGGCCCACCGUGCGCGACGCCGUGGCCACGCUGCGCCGCGCCGGCGUCGACGUCAAGAUGGUCACCGGCGACGCCAGGUCCACCGCGCUCGCCGUCGCCCAGAUGGUCGGCCUGGACGUGCUUCACUCGCAGUCCCUGUCGGGUGACCAGCUCGACGCGAUGUCGGAGGACGAGCUCGACAGGACUAUCGACACGGUUAGCGUGUUCUACCGCGUGACACCAAAACACAAAUUGUCGAUUGUCAAGUCACUGCAGCGGCUUGGCAACAUCGUUGGCAUGACAGGCGACGGCGUGAACGACGGCGUGGCCCUGAAGCGCGCCGACAUCGGCAUCGCGAUGGGCAGGAACGGCACCGACGUCUGCAAGGAGGCGGCCGACAUGAUCCUCGUCGACGACGACUUCGCCACCAUCAUCGCGGCCAUCGAGGAGGGCAAGUGCAUCUUCUACAACAUCCGCAACUUCGUGCGCUUCCAGCUGUCCACUUCGAUCGCGGCGCUCUCGCUGAUCGCGCUGGCCACGCUCAUGGGCAUCCCCAACCCGCUCAACGCCAUGCAGAUCCUGUGGAUCAACAUCAUCAUGGACGGCCCGCCGGCGCAGUCGCUGGGCGUGGAGCCAGUAGACCACGAGGUGCUGAGGAGACGGGCCAGGGACACCAGGAGGCGCAUCAUCUCGCGCGGCCUUCUCUUCUCGGUCCUCCUCUCCGCCGCCAUCAUCAUCGCCGGCACCCUCUGGGUCUUCAACCGGGAGAUGUCCGACAACAAGAUCACUCCACGCGACACCACGAUGACAUUCACCUGCUUCGUGCUGUUCGACAUGUUCAACGCCCUCUCGUGCCGUUCGCAGACAAAGUCUGUGUUCCAAGUGGGCCUGUUCGCCAACAAAAUGUUCCUGGUGGCAGUUACCUUGAGUCUGGUGGGACAAAUGCUGGUGAUAUACUUCCCUCCGCUGCAGCGGGUGUUCCAAACAGAAGCGCUGACUGGCCAUGAUCUCAUAUUCCUCGUGGGCCUGACGUCGAUCGUGUUCUUCGUCAGCGAGCUUAAGAAGCUGGUUGAGCGCGCUCUCAAGAGGCGGGCCCACGGAAAGUUCUCGACGAAGGCCCACGACGCCUUGGAUUUUGUA